AUGAUCCAUCAUGAUGGGGCAUUUGCAUCUGUGGAACUGGAGAAUGUACUACCUGUUAGAUCAGAAGAUGCAUCGAAACGAUUGGUUGGCUGUACGAAGGCCGAUCAGGGUCAAUGCAACUCCUAUUAUAUGGACUGUACCCUGUUCUGUGUGUUUUCCUGUUCAUUAGUCCUGGAUUCUCUGCUUUUUAAGUCCAUACAAAGUGCAGACCAACCCAUUCAAAACACUCUUCUGAAAGACAUAGUCAACCCUCUCCACAGACAAUAUUUUGUGCCAGACAGGUGUGUGAUGAAGCUUUGGCAGCAACUGCAAAAACGCGGCCACUGCCCCACUUACACCACAGAUGAGAAGGAUCCUGAUUAGUUCCUCUCUCUCAUGCAAGAGGUUCUGUCUCUAGAUCCUCCACUUAAACUAUGCCACUCAGGUAAUAAAGGUCAAGAUAAAGUGCAAAGCUGUUAAUUCUACCAAACCUUUAUGGAUUACAACCAUCCUUUGGUCCUGCCAAUGGUUAAACAACUACUGGAACAUUCCUUUUACUGCAACAGUCUUAAACUAUCAGAGGUACAGUCGUUCUUCUCUGUAUGUCCUGCCUAUUUGAUUCUUACUAUGCCUUGCUGAGGAAAGAGUUUCAAAAUGUUUCCAAAAAUCAUUCCUUCUACAGAUCUGGACAUCACUGGUAUUCUUUCAGAUCAUCAGUCGCAUGUUUUUUGUGGUCAUCUGGCAAAAGAGGAGUGUGCUAAUUGCUUCAGAGUUCAAGUUUUUAGUGAUACAGGGUUCAAAUACUUCUGUCUGAAAGGUUCUGCUCAGGUUCACUCUCACCAGCAGCGUCAAUGUCACAAACCUAAACUUCCUCAGGGCUACUCUUACUGACAGAGUUCAGGGGCUGAUACACACACUCCUUCAUGAGAGAAACUAGAGCUGUUUGCUGUGCUGUGCAAAGAGGCCAGCCACUUCGUGUCUUUCGUUAAAUAUGGACCACAAGAUACUGACCGGAUCUUCUUUGAUAGUAUGGUUCAUCGGAUGGGUCAUAACAGCUACAAUAUCCCAGAGUUGUAGGCAUGUCCUGAGGUUGGGAUGUACAUACAUAUACCUCUGGCUCAGCUAGCAAAUCAGCAACCUCGAGAGAUGGACAGUGUUGCGAAAAGACUCUUCUGUGAUGGUUACAUGUACCUUCAACAGAGUCAGAGUAUGUCUGUUUAUCAAUGA